CUUCCGUCCGUCGUCUGCAUCUCCCUCUUCUCUUCUCUCGUGGCGUGCGCGCCCCUCCAGCGAACCUUGCGGCAAACCCAUCAGACGAGCGGAUUCCCUGCCCUCCCUCGUGGAUGGCGUGACCCUAGGCGGCUGAAGCUCCUGCAACGGUAUGCCCCCUUUCUUGUGGAUGACUGGGAAAACUUAGAUGGCAGCGUGCGGCGAGGCGACAAGAUCCUUCCCUACACCGAAAUGGAGGAGCUGGAGCGGUGCGAUUCGUGUCAGGAGGAUGCGGCGGCCCUGUUCGAGUGGUCUUAUGAGUCUGGAUUGGUUGACGACGAGUCCAUCUUCACCUUUGAGACCAACCUGUGCGUUGUGCCCUUCAUCACGUGUGUGCGGCUAAGUGAGGCGCUGGCGGAUGGCGGCUCGCGAGAGGGGUAUAUGAUCACGGCGAGCUCGAGAACGCCGCAUAUUGUGUGGCUGCGAGAUUGGAAGCCUUUGGUCUUCUCGCCGUCAUUUUAUCGGCUCCGGCACCUGAUGUGUUUUCUCGCCGAUUAUAUGCCCAUGCAGGGGAGUUUGAGUAAUGACAUCGCUAAGUUGACCUCUCUACGUGUUAUCAUCUUGCGGGGAGCAGAGGUGAGCUCAUUCCAGUGAGUACAUUCAUCAUUUAUCCACACACACACACAUGUUCGUGUGUACGCUUUCUUCAGGACGGCAGCAUGGAUCGGUUUGAGGGGCCCCUUCCCGCUACUAUCGGGGAGCUCCCGUAUCUGAAGGGCCUGUACAUUGAACGGAUGCGCUCGAUGAGUGGUGUCAUCCCGCCCUCUGUCUUCAGUCUAUCGCGCCUCGAGGCUCUCCAUCUCGAAGACAUAGGUUUCUCAGGAUCUACCCCUCUAAACAUCGGCAGCCUCCAGCGCCUACGAGUAUUGAGAAUAUUCAAUACCGGGUGGAAGCAAUCUUUCCCAGCCAGUGUGACAUUUUGUCGCAACCUGACGGACCUCAGGCUUUGGGGCAACGCUCUCGUUGGCCCGCUGCCUGAAGAUUUGGGCGCCCUUUCUCGGCUGGAGUGGCUGGAUCUGAGCGACAAUAAGCUGAGUGGGGAGUUGCCUCAGUCACUGGUGCAGCUGAGCCGGCUGGAGUGGCUGUACCUAGAAAACAAUCGAUUCAGCGGCCCGCUGCCAAGCGGGCUUGGCACCAACAUGGAUUACCUUCAUAUCCUAAGCAUACAUUCGAAUAACGUGGGUAAGACACAGCUGAUAGAGACGCAAUAAAGUAUGUUUGAUGCUGCUUAUAUGCACUAGUUUUUCUCUUUUUUGUCAGUUUUCCGGCCCAUUACCCCCCUCCCUCGGCAAUGCGGGC